CCGCAGCCGAAGGCGGGGCCCGGCCCGGCCCCUCCCCCCCCGGCCCCGCCCAUUUUGCUGAUGAAAGCGCGGGGCGGGGGAGGGGAGGAGCGCGGAGGGGGCGGGGCCAACGCCGGCGGGGGGGAGGGGCCAGCGCAGGCCCCGCCCCGCGAGCGCGACCCCGGGCCCCGCCCCACGCAGCCCGUCUACCAAUUGCAUGGCAGGGGGCUGGCCCCGCCCGGCAACCUGGACCCCGUGGCCGGCCAAUCCCGGCUGGCGGCGCCCGAGAAGAUGAAGAGCAGCAUCAAACUGGUGGACGAGCAGAUGAACUGGUGCGACAGCGCCCUAGAGUUCCUGCUGGAGCAGACGGACGUGCUGGUGGUGGGGGCGCUGGGGCUGCAGGGCACCGGGAAGUCCACGCUGCUCUCGCUGCUGGCGGCCAAUCAGCCCGAUGAGGACCCACGGUAUGGGGCAGCUAUGGGGCGGCUAUGGGGCGGGGCUGUGUGCGGGAGCGGGGGGGGAGCUCUAUGGGGCAUCGACUUCUUCAUCACCCAGGAGCGCGUGGUCUUCCUCGACACCCAGCCCCUGCUCAGCCCCGCCCUCCUCGAUCACCUCAUUAAUAACGACCGGAAGCUGCCCCCCGAGUAUGGGCUGCCCCACACCUACGUCGAGAUGCAGUCUCUGCAGAUCGCCGCCUUCCUCUUCACCGUCUGCCACGUGGUGCUGCUCGUGCAGGAUUGGUUCACGGACCUCGGCCUCUACCGGUGCGGGCGCCCCAUAGCGACCCAUAGAGACACAUAGAGACACAUAGAGACCCCAUAGAGACCCAUAGAGACCCAUAGCGACCCAUAGAGACCCAUAGAGACACAUAGAGACCCAUAGAGACCCAUAGAGACCCCAUAGAGACCCCAUAGACCCCA